UCGGCCUUGAGAGUUUCAGCGCCAUUGAAACGUUCAAAAUUUUCACGGUGGAGAAGAGAGUCAAGAGAGAGAGAGAUGAGUACAGAGAUCGUUCAUCUACGACGGAGAUUGGUCGAGUUCCUGAUUCAGUCUUCUACUCAACUCGAACUUCCUCCGAUCGUUAAAUACUCAGCGCUAUCUCUCUUCUUCGAUCGAUUUCGUCCUUCUGUAGUCAGGUUCUUACAGAGAAAGAAAGCUGAGCAUUGGCUAUUGCAACCUCUGACUGAAAGCAAUCUGCAGCUGUUUGUGUUAGUCUCCAUUUGGAUCUCAUGCAAAAUGCAUUGUGCCCGGGGUUUAUCGGUUCAUAGUCUGAAAUCCUUUGGGGAUAAAGUGAUUACAGAGCAACUCUUUAUGGUUCGGGAUUUCUUGGAUGCGGAACUAGUUUUUCUGAGGCAGGUUUUGAAAUUUGACAUUGGCACUCUUAAUAUAGCUUAUACACUGCUUGAAGACCUUUUCAUUCAGUUCAAAGAAGUUGCAAAGGUUGGGGAACUUUUGAACUUUGAAGCAUGUAUGGACAUGAUGGAUCUUCUUUACGAGACAGAGGAGACAUCCCUUCUUUAUCAAUCUUCAACAUCUUUAGCUACUUCCAUUUUGGUGUCUUCUUACAUAAUCACAGUGCCAAAACAACAGUAUGACUUCCCUAUCCUCCCUUGGGGUAAGCAUUCAUACUCCUGCUCUUUCCAUCAAAAGUUUUUUAGAUUAACAAUUACCAAAGAUAGAUUUAGAUUAAUCAAGUCAUAGGAUACUGAAUUAGUUAGAAACAGGACAUAUAACAUAAUAAGGCCCAAUGUGCUCCUUUUUGACUAUGCAUUUCAACAUCACACAAAAGAGUACCUCGUUCACACUUCAAGGUCUUCUUCAUAUUGCCCCUUAGA